AUGCUUGUUUUACGCAUACAGACAGGUGGUUUAACGUCAUAUUUAAAAGUUGGUGAUCCGAAAUGUACAGAAAGUUCAAUUAAUGGAUUUCGUGGUGCAACUGGCUUAGCACUGAUACCAUUACAUAUUGUUGGUGAAACAUGGGCUAAUAUUGUGUCAGAAUAUACAUCAGAUCCAACAGCCACAACAUUCAAUGAUUAUUUAACAGAUACAUAUGUUGAUGAUAACGCUGGAUCUGCUCAGCGCGCGCGUUGA